ACGGCGGCGGGAGGCGCGCAGCUCCGCUCGUCGCGCCAUGGACGCAGGAGUGGACCCGAAAGGGGGCGGCAGCCCUGCGGCCCCCGAGGACCCUCGGAGCCCCGCAUGCCCUGAGCUCCCGCAGCUCCCGCGCCGCCCGCAGCUCCUGGAUGAGGACGGAGGGCCCAGCGAGGAAGCGGCUGCGGACGGAGACAGUCCGCCGACGCAGGGCCCGGAGGAGCCCCUGGCCGAUGCCCCGGCCCAGGCCGCAGGCGAGGCCCGGCAGGCGCCCAGGGCCGCGGCCGGCGGGAUCGCCAACAUCGGCUUCGUGGGCGAGCCCCCGCCCUACGCGCCGCCGGACCCCAAGGCCGUGCCCCUGCUCUACCCGCCCUUCCCGCAGCCGCCCGUCCUCUUCCCGCCCGCGCCCGCGGCCCUGUACCCGCCGCCCGCGCCGCUCUUCCCCGCGCCGCCCGCGCCGGCGCUCUUCGCGCCCUUCCCCGCUGGGGCCGGCCCCCUUACCAAGCCGUGGCCUCUGCCCCUACAGUACAACAGCCCUGUGGCCGGUGUGCCAGCCCCUGCCACGGCCGAACACAGGCCCUUGCCCAAGGACUACAUGAUGGAGUCCGUGCUGGUGACCCUCUUCUGCUGCCUGCUCACCGGGCUCAUUGCCAUCGUCUACUCCCAUGAGACUCGUGCGGCCCUGCGCAGGGGGGACCUGGCCCAGGCUGAGGACGCCUCUCGCAAGGCCCGCUCGCUCGUGCUCUUCAGCCUGCUCUUUGGGGUCUUCGUGUCCACCAGCUGGGUCAUCUACGUGGUGGUAGCGCUCUACCUGCCCUGACGGCUGGUGGGUCCUUUUGGGACGCCAGGACGCCCAGGGACUCCCAGGGACUCCCGACCCGGCUAGACUCUUCCUGCGGACUCCGAUCCCUACCGGUGGCCAUCUGCCACCCAGAAGGGACCGGGGACCAGAGGAAGGUGGGCUUUGCAGCCCUCGGCACACUGGUGGCUGGGCUUCCGCCCCUGCAGGUGGCCCCCGGACCCAGGCCCCGCCGUGGGGUGGUGGCUGAGGUCGUCCUGGACCCGCGCUGGCAGCGCCCCCAGGGCCCUUGCCUUCACCUUACCCCUAGAGCCCAUCAGAGGGACCAGCGAGGACACCGCAACCGCCGCCUCCCCACCCCCAGCCCGGCUCUGUGACUGCAGGGCAGGGCUGCUGGUGUUUUUCCUUCCCUGAAGCGGGGUGGAGAGGGGCGGCCUCCUCUCUCCUUGCUCACUCCUGGCUGGUCGUUCUGGGCCCCAGCCGAGUCUGGGAGGCAGGCUCUCCUGCUGACCCCACGUCCAGAAACCAAGACGUCUGAUCAGUAAACAAAGAGCAAAACGCCCUGGGCAGAGCUUCGCAGAGCUUCGUGCUGCUGCCUCGGGGCCCUUGCUUGAGGGUGAGCGGGAGGUCUGUCCGCCUGCGACCGGGCUCCAGGGCGCCCUUCUGAGAUGCUGUUCGCACACGGGCAGCUCUGGCGGGGAUCUGUUUUUUUGCACACACCAGGCAGUGCGGUGUCUGGCUGGUGGGGAGCACGUGGGGAGCGGAGCGGCUGGGUGCUGAGGGCGGGGAUUUCUGUAGGGUCCUUCAUGGCCAAAGAUGGUGGGGGAGCAGGGAGAUCCAUCUGCACAGAGAGAGGAGGAAGGUGCCCCCACCCAGGCUGAGCCAUAAAAAAUUGACAGCUCAAGUCAAAUCAGGUGCUUUCUGAGCACCCACUGUGCGCUGCUUGUGGCCCUGGCACCCACAGCGGGAGAUGAAGCAGGACGACAUCCCCCCUCAGCUGGAGGGACCUGGAUGAGGAAGUAAGUGAUGGCUGACAACACCUGGGAGUUCUAGGACAUGGGGCUGGUCCAGAGUGAGGACAGCAAACCCUCAAAUGCAUGACAGCCGCAGGCAAGGAGGAGGGAAGCGUAUUGUAGGCAUCCUUAGAUGCCAGGAAGUAUGUGGUAGUCUUCCCCAGUCACAGCUAUUCCUGUUACCAAACUCUCAAGCAAAAUCACAAUAGAAAUCGACUAGACCAAUGUUCCUUGAACUUUAAAGUCUAUAUGAAACACCUGGGAAAUCUUAUUAAAAUGCAGAUCCUGAUUCAGGAAGUAGGACUCAAGGUUGUGCAUUUCUGACGAGCUCCCCAGGUGAUGCAUGGAGCUGCAAAAACUGACAGCCUGUGGUGCGCUAAGUGGGAAGUUUCUAAAACCAGGAUCAAGCCGUGGACGCCCCCUAGUGUCUGUGUUCAACCCCGAGGUUCUGGCUAAUGUGAAACACAGCAAAGAGAAAUUCGCAGUGUGAAAACUAGAAGAGACAGAAUGAGUAUCUAGCUGGAAUAUCCAAGAGUCAAUGAAAAAACGAGAAUAAAGGAACUCAGAAAAGUGGAUACAAAAUGUACAACAGUCAACAGCAAUAUUCGGUUAAAAGUGGAAAAAAUUUAAAAUUCCACUCACAAUAGUGAUAAACAGUAAAACCUCAGAAUAAACAAGAAAGGUCCAGAUUCACAUGAAGAAAACAAUUUUAAACAAUUGGCAAAAGACAAAGAAGAAAAAAGACUGAGCAGAAUAUCUGGAUAGGAAGAUAUAAUGUCAUAAAAGUAUCUGGCUUUCUUACAGCGAUUUAAUGAAAUUCCAGCAAGAAAGCCAAGCUUUUAAAACUGACAAAAACGUUUUAAAAAAUUAAUAUGGAAGGAAAAUGGGCAAAAAUUGCGAAUACGUUUUUAAAAGUUGAAUGAGGAGGACUGUCUUCACCCGACACUGAAACUUACCAUAAAGCUCCGAUAAUCUAGGCGUGGUGUGGCUUUGCCCCAGAGGUGGCUCAGUGGACCACAGGGCGUCCAGAAAGCAGCCCCGGUAGGGAUGGGAAGUUACUGUCUGACCGAAAUGGUGUUUGAAUCCAGUGCACCCGGGAGGGCUCGCAGUCAGCAGAGCUGGCUACCUGGCUGGGAAAACAGUCUUCUCAUAUUGUACAUAAACAUAAAUUCCAGAUGGAUGCAAGAGCCAGGUGGUAAUAAAGUCAAGCUCUGCUAGUAACAGAUGAACGCUUAGGAGAAUAUUCGUGUAACUUCAGGGUGCUGGGGCAGCGUGGAGGGGCAGCCUCUUAAAAUCUGGAAAACCUUAAAGGAAAGACUGAUAGGUUGAGUUCUGUGUAGAUGGGGAAAGUACAGCCUUAGACCAUGAGAUGAUUUUUACUUAUCGGAUUGGGAAGAAAUGAGGACUGAUUCCAGAUUUGGUGACGGCCCGGCCCUCCUGUUUAUUCCUGUGUUUCGCCACAAUCCUGUUGGAAAGGAGACUGCUGGUACCUGUUAGUAACAUAUGCACCACGAAUAUGCAUGUAAGUGCGAAGAACGGAGUCUGGAAGGAUAUAUUCCAAACUGCUGGGAGUGGAGCCUUUGGGGAGGGACUGGGGCUGGGACGGUUUGUGCAGAACAUUGCUGAAUUUAGAAAUACGGAUGUACUCGUGUUGUGUAAUUAAAAAACAAGUGGAAAAUG